AAAGAGAAACAGUAUUAAAUCAGAAUCAAAAAAAUAGUAAAUCAGAAUGCCAGUGAUUUUCCUCAGCUCGGCUGGCCAGUACUGCACUUUGUUUUUCAGGCGGUGAAGAACGAUGUUUUAAAUGAGCAGUUAGACAGACAGGUUUUGUUGUUGGAAGAGCAGAGUUUAAAUGGCAGUUACUCCCUCAGAAGCUGCAGCGACGGUAUCCUAGCAACGGCGAAGUCAGGGAGCUUUUCAUCAGAUGAGCAGCCGCAAGGAGAUAAACAGCGACGAAACACAAUCGGAGACUUUUCGGGUUGUGUGUGUGUGUUUUUUGUUGGGUGUGGGGGUGUCAGGAGACAGAGUGGGUGGAAAAUGUGAAACUUACCCAAAUGGUUACCGUCUCCCCUCGGAGAAGAUGGGCAGCGGCCUACAGGGUUUCUCCGGGCGAUGCCUCACCUUCCCCCGGGCCAGCCGUGAAGCCGAGAGCGGCCGGGCAGGCCAAACCUCAUCCCUGACAAGAUCCUACCGAGGACCGGUCUCCCGGACUAAGCCGAGCCGUCAGACUCUGGAACAAGAGUCAGUUAUGUCACAACAUGUGUUAAAAGUGAUGUCACCGUACAGAGGAAGAAAGAACUGCAUAGAGUUCUGAAGGGGCAGCAACACUGCAAAUCACUGCCUACGCACUAUGAUUUUCAAUUACAUGGAUGAGGAAUGCCUAGCAGGGAGCCCCCACCUUCACCAGCACUUAAGACAUAGCUGAUAAGUGGAUUUAUCAUGAUUGCAACUGGAGGGCUUCUUCGUAUUUCAGCCAGAAGACAAGAUUCCUUUCGAUCACGUAAUCGUGUUAGUAAACGCAAAAAGAAAGCAAAAAAGAAAUGCAAGAGUGAUGUAGUAGUGGUUAAAGGCAAACUGAAGCUGUUCUCCAUUUCUGGACUGAUUGCUGCUUUUGGAAUCCUAGUACUAUUAGUGGGAAUAGCAAUGACAGUGAUGGGCUACUGGCCUAAAGGCACUGACAUUUUUGAAACUAUUAAGGUCCAGUCUAACAAUACCACCAAUAGCACCGUUUUAGAGAUGACAACACUGGAGAUUAUUUCUAAAUUUUUAGCAAGCUAUUUGCAUUCUGAGAAACUGAAAGUUUUAGGACCCCUCAUAAUGGGAAUCGGUAUUUUUUUGUUCAUCUGUGCCAAUACAGUUCUUCACGAAAAUAGAGACAAGAAAACCAAAAUAAUUAAUAUACGAGACAUCUAUUCUACAGUUAUAGAUGUACACAAUUUGAGGACAAAAGAUUGUGGGCCACUUAAUGGUUUUGUCAACUAUGUACAAUCCAAAAGCAUGGAUAAUCUCAAAUCUCCUGAUUCUUUCUGUGCAGCAAUGUUGGCCAAAAGUACUUUGCGGACACCUAUUGGUAAUGCUGUAAAGCCUACAGAUCCAAAAGAAAAUGUUGGUAAAAAGAACUGUGAUUUUGUAGCAAACUUGCAGCAACAAAUCCCCAAAGAUAGAAAGACAUUCUCUGAUACUGUGUACAGUAUUUGCAGAGACCAAAUCAGAGUAAAUGAUAGAACCCAAAUGCCCCAAAUGUGUGGGACGAAGUCAAUUGUUACUUCUUCCAUUAGUGCAUUCACACUACCCAUCAUCAAACUGAACAACUGUGUCCUGGAAGAGGGAGCGGCCAGAUAUGGAAGCAAUGAGAAUGAAGCACAAAUUUCAGAAAAAUGUAAGGAAACUCAACAAGCAUUUGAACGUUUUGCUUCUGAUCAAAUGGGAAGUGUUGAAUCCAUUUCAGAGGAUAUAACCAUAGGAAGUGAUCACCUUGGAGAUGAUAACCAGGACAUAGAUGCAGAAGCUUCAAAUACCUCUUGGUUAAAUGAUAACCAGUUGGUAUCCAGCAAAAAUUCCCAAAAACCCUCUUCCCAAGUUUCCCAGGUUUCUCCUGUUCCAUUCCAGAGAACAGAAUCCAGUCUUUCUCUCCAUGCUUUGUCAGUUCAUUCUAAACUUAUGAAUCUUGAUGACUGUCCUUCCACAUCCACAAUAGAGGAUGAGGAGAAAGAUCCAAACUGCACACAUUUAGAUUGCAGCAACAGUAAGGGCUACAUAACGUUCAGUAAUGAGGACUCUUUUCAGUCUACUCCUGUGCUACCAGAAGCCAUAGCUAUAACUGGUGAUUGUACAGAGAAUCUUCACAGCGAUAUCAUACAAGAAAGUACAAUAUCAAGCAAUGAACAAAAGGUGGACAAACCUCAAAGAUCUGUGCAAAGACAGUACACAAAGAGAGAGAAAUUGCUCAUGAUUUCUGGUUCCCACAGUAGUCUUAGGAUGGACAAUGUUGAAAUUGAUAGUAAUUAGUAAUCAUACACUAAAAUAUAAUCAUAUAUAGUUGGGUUCAGAGACUCAAAGGUGCAGUAAAAGCUAUGACAGAUGACAAUAAUAUGUUGCUUUUCUGUAGUUAUCGAUGAUUACUGAAUGUCAGUCAGGCUUCACAGACUUCUAGAAUAUUGUUGUGGAACUAAUCAUCCAAUUUCUUUAGUUGCUUCCAAACAUAAAUGCAUCAGCCAUUGGGUGUUCAUCUUGGUUAAACACCAGUUUAAAAAUUUUAAUAUGAUCAGUUAUUUGUUAACAGCUUGUGAAAAUUAAAUAUUCAGACAUUCUAGGUUUGUAAGUUUUCAGUUUGGAACCAUCAAAAUAAGCCAAUUAAUAUACUGAAUUCAAUAUUCCUAUAAAUCAAAGGAUGUAUAGAUAUCUUGUAUAAGCACAUAAUGCACUAAAACACACAAAUGUGAUAUUGAGAAGUGUCCAGUGUAUCAUUUCAUAAUUAAAUGAAAGAAAUAAUUUGCAUACGUGGUCACUAAUAGAGAUCUAAUUAAAUAAUAAUUAUUUCUGUAAUCCUGGAUUCUGUAUUAUACCUCAUGAGCUGUGUUUUCUAAAUUGUUACCUAAUAUUCUAGAAUUGUAUUGUUUUCUCACUUGAGUUUCCCUCCAGAGCAACCUUCAUGCAUUUUUAUCAUCACAGUUGUCUGUUUUUCCAAAGGAUUUACCUUAAAUUCAGGUAAGUGUCUGAAUCCUUUACCUCAUUAUAUACAUUUGACUUCAUAGCUUGUGUUACUUCAGUCAGUUUAUGUAAGGAAAAAUAAAAUAAAAAAAACAUUUUGUUCAUUAAGUGCACUUUUAUAAACGAAGUGUAAUAAGGUCAUCAUGUAUUUCCCUGGAGUUAGGUUGAAAUAUAUUACUUAUGAAUGAA